AUGGACUCCCAGGUGUGUCAGAACUUUCACUCUGAGUGUGAGGCUGUUGUUAAUCACAUAGUGAACCUAGAGCUAUAUGCUAGCAAUAUCUACUUGUCAGUGUCCUGUUACUUUGACCGUGAUGAACUGGCCUUGAGGCACAUGGCCCAGUUCCAGAGGAAGCAGUCCCACAAGGAAAGGGAACAUGCAGAGAAGUUCCUGAAAUACCAGAACAGACGAGGAGGACGUAUUAUUCUGCAGGACAUAAAGAAGCCAGAGUGGGAUGAGUGGGGGAACAGCCUGGAGGCUCUGCAAUGUGCCCUCCAGCUGGAGAAGACUCUGAACCAGGCCCUGCUGGACUUGCAUAAGCUGGCUACAGAGCAGAAUGACCCUCAUCUUUGUGACUUUCUGGAGUCUGACUACCUGGAGGAGCAGGUGAAGGCCAUCAAGCAGCUGGGAGACCACCUCACCAACCAGAAGCUCUUGGGAAUGCCCCAGAAUGGCAUGGGAGAGUACCUGUUUGACAAGCGCACUCUGGGGGAGAGCAGCUGA